CACACACACAAAAACGCCAGUCAUAGUUUAAGACACUUGGUUAUUAAAGGUGAGUAAACUACAAAUCAUCCCAGUGUGUGUGUCUUUAUACUGUGUGUGGUGUCCAAGACAGCUGCCCUCCUCUCCCACAACAUUAACAUUGUUGUAAUCAAAAACAAAAUGUACCUCCCACGUAGGCCUCGGGGAUGGGUGUGGAGGUAAACAGUGGAGGGUUGACCGUAGCCCCAUGCUGUAUGAGCAGUUUCACACACUCCAGGCUCACCGUCGCACAUGCAUCGCAUAGAGGGGAACUGCCGUCAAUGUUUCUCCCUCGCCCCUUGCCCUGGAAGUGUAUACUCGUCAGACGUCAGGACACGUCAUCAGAAGUGUUUACUUAAUUUAAGGGCUGAGGGGAUAGGAUGUGACUUUUAAGGGUUUGGAAUACACACAGCCUUCCAAAGAUUGGAAUACACACAGCCUUCCAAAGAUUGAAAUGCACACAGCCUUCCAAAGAUUGAAAUGCACACAGCCUUCCAAAGAUUGAAAUGCACACAGCCUUCCAAAGAUUGAACGUAAAUUUCCACUUACGUCCACUCUCCUCCCCUUAGCAUUCGCCACUUCCGGUUCUCGUGCAUUAGCAGUUCGAGUCUUCUAAUAAUCACUCUAUUGCGGCAUUGCCUUUUCAGUUGUUAGUUGAAUGUUACGUUUUACAAUCGAGGUGUAGACACGUAUAACGCCACAUAGAUGAGAUAUAUUCAGUGAAGAAGUGGAACUUUUCUAACAAAUGUUCCUAUUUGUAAAAUGUCGGUAAAAGAUGUAGGCCUACUGUAAAUGACAGUCUGCUCUAAAUGCCUAGUACAGCAUAUGUUUGCCACACCUAAAAUAUUUUWAUGGACAUAAUGUAUUCCAUUCAUGGACAGUUUUCAGUUUGUGCAUGAUGUUCAAAAGCUCAAGCAUCUACUCAACUGCGUCUACUAGCGGAGUGGAGACAAGAAAGCAAAGCAGUCUCAAAAUGGAUGCGGGGUGACAUAAGUUUCUGUUUCUUUUUUGGAAGCACAACUUUACGUUGAGUUAAUAUUACAUUACUCGGUGAAUAUAUAUAUAUACAUGCUAUUUGUGACAAAUAUCUGAGUAUAGUGUCAGAAAAAUUCACAAAAUAUCGAAGUGUGUUCUAAUCGCGACGUUUUUUMUUUUUCGUACUUCUUCCUGGUUGCAACGUAUGUGGAAACUUGCCUUUGGCACAAAGACUUCGCCAGAUAAUUCAUAUGGAUUGGCUACAUUUUUCUCGGAAUAGACAAAUUAAAAGUAUCGGAAUGUCAAUGGAAGACGGAGGUGGUGUGCGAAUGUCAAGAGGAGAAAAAGGCACAAACUGAUUUCAUACGUUUUUUUCAACCAUGGAAAUCGAGAAUGGUGCCGCAAGAGGUGUUUUGUUACCUGUACUACCAGGUUCCGAGCCCUUCGACAACAGUAUUCUGCCUCCACUGCAGAACAUGUACAUGUAUGAGGAGUCUAAGCAGUCUUUCAGAUACAACUCUGCUUUCUUGAUAAAGAAUACCACCCUGCAAGACCGGUAUGAGGCCUUCCGAACUGAAAGGAGAGGCAUGGGAUACUCAGAGGAAGAACUGGAGGAGUCCUAUGGGUUCUUACUGUUUGACGACAAAAAUAAGGCAAAUAAACUGGGAGAAACUGGUGUAAUCCCUGGUCACAGUACAUGCUCAACGCUUGGAGAUCCUUCAAAGGGUGUGUACGUGUCCAAGUACUCCGACUGCCUGGACAUAAACCGCUGGUACCACGGGAAGUCUGGAUACAUCGCCAUCAUCAGACUCACCAAGGGCAGAGUGAGAGACGUGACAGAGAACUACACAGUAAACUACACCUCUCCCUCUAAUGGGUUUGACUGUCAUGUAUCAGAGCAGCUAAGUGCCGUGUCGGCCAACACCAGCUCCUUCCUGGCCUUUGAGAGAACACAGUACUACAUGUAUGAGCUGCCUGGUGGAGGGGCUAACUCGACAGUCCAGCCUCCUAGCCAUGCCUGCCCAUUCGCUAUAGUGGCUUUUUCCUAUUGGGAUACCAAGACACCUGCAUCAGAGGACCAAGAGAAAAGUGAGGAAGAAAAAACAGUGUUUCACUACUACCCCUGGAAGGGUCAGCUCCAAAUCAGCUCCCAGGUCUACCAUGUGGGUCUGAAGUCCAGCACUGGACCCCUGAUUCCAGCUAAACUUCCAACAGUAAUGGCAGUUGACGGAGCCAUUAAAAUGUCAGAUCUGAGGCAGAAAUUACCAAAGGCUAUAUUUGAAACCUGCUUCAUCGGUGAAGUUUCUCUGGAAGGAAUGGGUUGCAGUCUGUAUGAGCUGGCACCCAGUGAGGCUGAGGACACCUCUCUCUCUCAGCUUACACAGGAGCUCAAGGAGAAAGACCUGGCCCUCGCAAUACAACUGAAUGAUAGUGGUUUCCUUAUACUGUUACAUUCAUCUCACUUCCUCACAUAUGAAGACACCAAGAUCUGCUCGAAGAAGCCCUCCCUCUCACCAGAGGUCCUCCAGGUGGUGCCUGCACUGAACUACGCAGAGACAGAGGUGGAAAAAGCCUCCCUGAACAGAGUGGGGAGCUACGUGGUUUACAGAGCAGCAUAUCCAGAGCUACGCUGCCCUCAUCCACCCCGGCUUACUAUCAGUCCAUCUAGGGAAGCCAGCAUCUUCCCAGAUCAGUUUGAUGUUCCUGACGCACUCAAAUAUCUCUACUCCAGCCCAAAGUGGACUGAGAUGGGAUGGAAACGUCUCAGAUCUUAUUUCCACCAGCCAGGCUCCUUUGAGCUGUCGGUGUCCAGAGCCACGGAGCUUCUGGUGGCAGGGCGAGAGGAGCGAGGAGAUGAGCCGGAUGAUGAUGUCUACUACUGUCUGUCAUCUCCAGAAGGCCCCCCCAUGACUCCUGCUAGUCUGGGUGGCCCAGAAGAGGAGCAGUCAGGGGGACAGUCACCAGGAGACACAGCUGACACAGCCACAUACAUAAGUAAUGCACCGGCAGUAUCUACAGAGGACUUUGACAAACCUGGUAUGACCAAGGCAGACAGUAAUGCACCAAAUAAAAGAGUAGAGGAAGAGAAGAACUUGCCUUCAAAGGAGGUGCAAGACAAGGUGCAACCCAAGGAGGUGCAGGAGGAAGUGCCCUCUGAUCUUAGCAAGCCUGCGGUCCCAGCAGGGAACUUUGGGAAACCUGUCUUGAAGAAGGCUGACGGUAAUGCACCAGGGACAACUUUGAUUCCAAAAGAGGUGCAGAAGGAGCUUCCCUAUGAUCUUUCCCAGCCUGUUGUGUUGGCAGAUGAUUCUGGGAAGAACAAGGCCGUACCAGGGGUAGGAGUAGAGGAUGAAGGGACACAUUUGAACCAAGAGGAAGUCCAAGUGGAUAGGCAAAAGGAGGUGAAAGAGGAUAUGCUUUCUGAUCUUUCACAGCCUGCAGUCUCUGCAGAAGACUUGAGGAAAGCUGGCCCAGCAGUGUUGGGUAAGGCAGACUGUAAAGCACCAGAGGUGGGAGUAACGAAUGAAGGGACAAACUUGCACCUGAAAGAGGUGCAAAAGGAUAUGCCCUCCGGUCUUUCACAGCCUGCAGUCUCUGAAGAGGAAUUGAAGAAACCUGGGCCGGCCCUGGCAACCAAGCCCAACAUUAAAGCAGUAGAGACAGGAGUAGAGGAUAAAGGGGGGGAUUUGCCUAAGGAGGUGCAAGAGGAGGUUCCAUGUGAUCUUUCCCARCUUGCAGUGUCGGCAAAGGUUUUUGCAAUAGCCGGUAUGACAGUGAUGACCAAGGCCACAGAGGUGACAGAGGUUUCAACCUCACCUGCAUCAGGUGACCUCCCAACAGUGCUAGUCAUCACUGCCACUGAAGGAACUGCAACCGUUGUACCUCAUAAUGAGAACUUUGGCUUGAUCAAUACAGAGUCGAUCACAAAGAACUCCUCCAGUUUGCCACCAGCCAAAGUACAGGAGAGGGGUGGAAGUGCUCUCAAUGGGCAACGUGGCAAGGCCAAUGAGGUCAAUAACUGCUCUACAUCAGAUUGGAGGAAACGGCCAAGGAAACGGCGUAGAUUUAGCGGGUUGGGUAAACGGGUCUUGAGGUCUUCAGCAGCUGACUUUGAAGAGGAAGAAACUGAGAAGGGAUGUUUGGAUUCAAGUAAAGUCUACUCAUUGAAAAAGAGGAAGGAAAUGACAGAUUUAGUUCAACUUAACCCAUGGAAAAAGAAGGAAAGGAUGGAUGUAACCCAGGUUCGUCCAUUGAAAAUGCAGAGGGAACUGAUGAAUUUGACCCUAGAUCCCCCAUUGAAAAAGAAGGAAAGGAUGGAUGUAACCCAGGCUCACCCAACGAAAAUGCAGAGGGAAGUGAUGAAUUUGAUCCAAGAUCUGCCUUUGAAAAAGAAGAAGGAAAGCAAGGAUUCAAUUAACUUUUACCCAUUCAAAAGUAAGGAAAGUAUGGAUCUAAAUAACGACGGCCACCCAUUGAAAAAGAAGACAGAUCGGUGGGACUUGAAGGCGAUCAUCUCCGAAUGCGGUAGAAUCUUUGUCCCUCAUGGUUCAGAAGUUAUCGCCAAGGAUAUAGAAUCUUUAAAAGUUAUGGGGAAAGUGAUAGAUCACAAACAAUGUGCUGAUGAGAUGAUGGUUGAAGCUUGUAUCAAAGUACCCCAACCCAUAGAGACAGGAGAUGAACCUGGCCUAGAGUUGAUAAAGUCAGGUGAAAACAAAGAUUCACACAUAUGGAGUUCAGACAGUAAAGACCAUCCGCCAGAGGUCAAAAUGGCUGAUGUAGACAAGAUGGCCUCUCAGAAACCCUCAGAACUGGUCCAGAACAAAGACAUGGAUUUUCCUUCCUUAGAAAAACACAAAAAGAAUUGUCAAUUUGUUGCAAUAUCCCUCAGUAAACUAAAGACAGUUUUUUCAAGAAGGGGAAAGAGGAAAACACCUCUCAAACCUGUUUCAGAAGAUCAAAUGUUACCAUUGGACAAGAAAAGCAAGGCCGAUGCUGGCAUGGAUAAAAUGGAAAGUGUUAAUUUGAGUAAUUCCUGCAAAGAUACCCCGGACAGAACCAGAGGUGCUGCUGAAGUUGCAAAGGAACAGACAUUUGGCCUAGACCCAAAGUUUGCACUAGCAUUAGGCUUGACUCCUAGGGAGUUGCAUAAUAAUGCACCCAAAUCUCCAGAAAAAAGUGAUAUUCCACUGAAGAAAGACAUUCAGAGCAGACUGGACCUGGUUACUCCACAAGCCACACCUGACCAAAUGUCUGAGGCUUUGCCUAGCCCCCCUUCAGCAACAAUAACCUUAACGGGUCGGGGGAGCCCAUUGAAAAUGAAAUGCAAGCCUGCAGACUCCAUAAGGAAAAAAUGGUGGUUGCACUAUCACACACCAGCUUCUUUUGAAAAAGAGAAAGUAGCACAGCCUAUAUCCUCCCAACUACUGACACUUAACCCUGAUGUCAGGCGUGUUGUCAGUAGGGGUAGGCCUCGCACAGUGAAGAAAGAUGCCAGUGAUGCAUCAUGCCCACCAGCAGAUGCUCUGACCCUAUUGGCCGAUUUGGCCCUCAGUACCAGUAACGACAAAGUACUGGACCACCUGGCUCUUCAGCAACAGGAAUGCUGUCCAAGUUUGGUUAUAAGUGACAACAGUGUCAAAGAUGGCGGCUCUCCUCACGAGUCAGAUGGUGAACCAGAGUCUGUCCUUCAUGCACCGCUGAAGCACCCUUCUGUUGCUAGGCUUAAACUUCCCCCUCAGUCUCCGUCACCCAAGGGGCUGGUGGUGGGGAGUGGGGAGCGGGUUGUGUUAGUCUCACAAGAGCAUUCUUACUCACUGCCGCCAUCCUCCUCUCUACUAUUGGGUUUGUCAGGUUCAACCCUCCAAGUCCCCAUUUCGGAGGGACUUCAGCCGCAUCGCAAGGAUAUGGUCUAUGGUGACGGAACUCAAGCACUACGGGCCUUCCUGUGUCAGGAGCAGGACCAGAACAGGAAGGAACUCGGGGAGGAACCCGGGGUGGCUCCAGAAUCCAUGAGCAAAGGAAUUGGGCGCAGGCGGAGGUUCCGUCGGUUACGGCGGUUCAUCGAAAAAGACAGCUCAGUUCAAGUGACAAGGCUGUGGAAGGAAAACUACGACUUUAAUUCAGACAGCAAGUUUACCAACGACCCUAUGGAUAAAACAGUUAUUAGAGCCCUACAUGGCCCAUGGGAUUUCAACAUUGAGGACACAAACGAACAGGUUCAGCUCAUCAUCCACAUGUGGAUAGGUCUUUUCUACAGCAGGUCCACUGCUAGGUUCUUCCAGGCAGACCCAAGUCUUCUAUGUAUGGAGGAAAAAGAUUCUACAGAAGUGGAUCAUGGAAUGGUACAAGCCCAGGUUACAUCUGAGACCAAGACAAGUUCCCCUGCUUAUAUUGCCCUUUCCAGGAUCCCAGAACCUGAAGUUUUGGACCUUAGUAAUGUGGGUAAAAAAGAAUCACAACCAUUAAGCUUGGAACCUGAGGUAUUGGACCUUUCAGUGAAAACAACAUCGACUGUGUUAGAUUUCACUGUAGACACAAAGGAUUCCCCUGAGUCCAAGCAAAGAAUAGAUUUAAAAAAUCCUCCAGUAUACCAACCAGAAAGUGGACUCCACAAAGAAAUCAUCUCUUUUCACAAACAAAGUACAGGUCUUGAGUUAAAGGUUUACAGAGACCGUGUGGACAGCAUGACGUCAGACAAAGCGAGUGAACUGGAUGAUGAUGAAACUAACAACCAUGAGAAUGACGGCAAUGACGGUACCCUCCAAAAUGAUGUGUCCCCUAACAGAAGAACUUUGGAAAGUGAUGGAUCGUACAUUCUCUUGUGUGAACAGGCAGCAAGUGUGUACAUUAAUCAAGAAAAGGUCCUGGAGAAUCAAAGAAUUGCCCGGGGUUUGGAGGGCAAAGCCAAAAAGGAAAUCCAAAAGGAAGAGAAGAGCCACGAUGGAGAACAAAACAUAGCAAGUCUUAAAACCAUGGAAUCUAAAGAUGUUGAUGAGGCGCAACAAGUUAAAGAUAACGAUUCAGUCAAAACAAUGUCAUGCACAGAGGUGCUGGGGGAUGGUGACGUUACCAAUAUGGCUGACAGAGUUGAGCGUAAAGCAAGUGAACCCAGAGAUGGGUCUUAUGUUGCCAUCUGUGAUGGCAGUGAGUCAAAAACGCACAAAGCAUAUCAUAGCGUGAAGGAUUCUGUUGAAGCAGCAAAACCAGAAGCAGUGCAUGUUGGGAAAGACACCACAAACAAGGAAAUCAAUGCACAACCUGCUGGGAAUGAUUCCAUUGGUACGGCACUCAAAGCAAUGCAUGAUGAAAAGAUUCCCAACGGUGUGUCACGGGAUGAUGGGAACUCCAAAAAUGAGGUGCAAACUGCAUUACAGGAAGGGAAUGAUACUAGAGAUGAGGCACUACCAGCGGUGAAUUAUGAAAAAGAGUCGGGCGAUAAAGCAGCACCUGCAGUAUGUGGUGGGAMUAAUUCGGUGGCUGAAACACCACCAGAGAUAUCACAUAAUGAAAAUGAUUCCCAAAAAGAAACACCAUCGGUGGUGCAUGGUGGAAAUGAUUCCAUACUACCUGUGAAACUGUAUAGCAAGCUGUAUAUAGACGAAGAACCCACUGCGGUGAACGAUAGAAAUGCUUCCCCCGGUGAGGUACAACCAAUGGAGCAGGUUGGGGAGGUUUCUGUUGGCACUACUAGAGUACUGCUAGAGAUGCAGGGUGAGAUUAAAUCGAAAGAUGAGGUACUGACCACGAGAGUAUUUCCACUAUGUGGUGAGAACACGCCUUGUGUCGGURAGUUCGACACGCCCAUUCAGUCCAAGGAUGUUUCAGGAGAGGCUAAAACAACAGUAGUUGAGACUGAUUUCAAUGGGAUUAGCGAUUCUAAAGAUCAGGAACAGGUAUCGAUGCCGGGUCAGAGUAAAUCUGAUAUCGACACACAAGGGCCCCAGCAUUCUCAAGACGAGACAUCAGAAGUACUGACAGGCCAGGUAGAAAUACCACUGAUUGGAGUAGGAAUUCCCAGGGAAGAUAUCRCACACACAGAUGUUCUACAUUCACACAGUCAGACACCAGAGAGAGUGCGUGCUCAGAUAGAAAUACCAUUUAUUGGAGUAGAAUUACCAUUAAUUGGAGUAGAGAAGGAUAGCAAGGAUAUCAUGCACACYGAGGUGCACGACACUCACUUGUGUCAUAGGGAUAAUUUGUUUUCAGGUGAAAUGUUUAGAAAAGCUUCAAAGGGAACUGAAUCUGUCAGUAGAUGCCCAACCCCUAUCGUGGACGAUGGUUACAUCCCGAUUCCUGACAUCGACAGUGGCUGCUUGGUUAUCUGCGAUGCCGGUGGGGUCAGCAAACCCCUCGGCAGAUGCCCAACACCUACACAAGAUGAGCCACCUUUCAUUACAGAAUUGUCUUAUGACCAUCACACACCGGAGACUGUUUUUUUGCCUGAUUCGAAAGACACCAACAGUCCCAACCUCAAUAGUGGUUUUGCUCUUAUUGAAAAUGAAAAGGCUUAUCGUGAACCACAUGAACCAAGUCUUGGUAGCAGCCCUAGCUCUGUAGAGAAAAUGUUGCGUAAAUCCAGCAACAACAAUAGCAAACCAAAUAAUCUGGAAGCCAUUGGUAAUCAGUUCUCUCAAUUAUUGACUGAACCCUGCAAGAAGCCAAUUGCCACUAGCACACCUCUCAACACUCCCUAUAUUUCUUCAAAGGAAAAAAACGAUUACAAUCCUUAUUCAAAUAUGCGACUUGCCCCUGCUGAACAAGACCUGUAUGCUCUUUCAAGUCACGAUUCACUGCAUAGGUUCCCUGACUCCUAUCCCAAAACCCAUAGCACCUUAACACAGAAAGCAGCAUUCUCUGUGCCAUCAAUCCACCUUGAAGUCCUGUCUAAUGAAACAACAGAAAGAACAUUAACUCGGGACUUGAGUGAAAUCGCUUUGGAAGGAGACACUAACUUGUGUCCUGCCUCAACAGAGAUUAUCAUACAGUCCAUCCGUCAGAGUAUCCCAGGAGUAAGUGGACCUACAGCAGCUUCUCAGAACCUUUCAGGGCACAACUUUACUGAGCCCCAUCCAUACAGCCAACAACUUGCCAUGGCUGUGAAUCUCUCCAAGAGUGAAGGCAGCAGAGGAGAGUACAGCUGGAAAGAAGGACAAACGAAUAUUGACCCUAUGUCUUCAGAUGUUCUCAAAAGCAAACAAACCGCUGCCCCUGUCCACUCAAACACUGAUCCUCACCCGUAUAACACACCAUAUGUCACCGAAAUGAGGAGACAGAUUGCAAGUUUGCAAGAUAAUGUUAUGGAUGAAAGUGAGGAGCCUGCCGUAGAGCAAGACAACAUUGAAUCUAGUCUAGAGACAAAUUGGAUAUCAGAUGACCAACACGCAAGUAAUACAUCCCAGUUGAAUAAAACAAAACUUGACUUCAUCAACUCUUUACGCCAGUAUCAGCAAUGGGAUAAAGGGGAAUUUGAUGAUGUUUUGGACUUCAGCAAGCAAGGCACUUCCUCUUCUUCUUCUUCAGUCACCUUCCAGUCUGAAGAAUCAGACAAAAUAUUUACCCGUACGGAAGAGAACAAACAGGAUUGGUUAAAGUAUUGUAGGUCAGAAAGGAGUGGGAACACCUCCAAUAGCCAAAUUGAUUUGGACGAUGAGCACAAGGAAGUUUCCUCAUUUGCAAAGCCAUGCCUAGUUACAGUUUUGGAUCACAAAGGAAACAGAAUCACCUAUGAAAACUAUCCCGUUCUGAAACCUUCAACAAGCAUGCACACACGGACAGUUCCGAACUCAAACAGACAGGGCUCGAGCAGAUUUCUGGACUUCUCCAAGAGGUGGGAUGAUACACAUAACGCUGACGAAUCUGACCUCACUCAGUCGUCUGUGGAUCUGGAGACCCUCAUCUUCUCAGAGAGAAUGAACCAGAUGCUAAAACGUAAAAGGAAGAGUAGCAGCAGCAGGUACAACCGAGCAAGACACCACAGGUCAAAUGUAGAAGAGCGAGCUUCCUCCUGUAGCCCGGCUGUGACAGUGCACUUUUCCAACCUGCAGGAACAGGAAAGCUCGGAAGAACACUGGGAGGGACUACCUUCACUCGCAGGGCAGAAGUUAAAAAUAGAUAUGCCUGAAAGGAAGGGUAUGCCUGAAGAAACAGACAGAGAUAUGCCACAGCAUCUUCAAAAACUCUCCUAUACAAAGGGCAGUGAGAUGACGCAUGUCAAAGUUUCAGACCUGGUUGCGGAAAGUUUCGAGGCGUACCAUGCCAUGAUGACUGAGGUCUGUGCAGGCAGAAAGUACCCACACAGAACCGAGAGACUCAAGAGAGAAGAAGCAAAGAGAAACAGUUUGCCAAAGUCUCGAGCCCCAAGCAAAGACAAAGAGUUCUGUGGUCAGAUGAAGAAGGACAUGUUUGACAGCCUGCAUGAUAAUCUGAACUCUGUUGUGAAACAGUCAUGUAAGAACAAGUUCAGGUUCUACAUACUGGUGACAUCAGACGACCCAUUCUUCAACGAGACAAAGGAGCUGUUAGAAGCAGAGGGACACAUAACAGUAGAACAGUCUCAAUUCUGCCUUGGAAAGGAUAGUCCCUCAUCCCCUCUAUACAUUAUCUUGAGGAACGAAGAUAUUGCUGAACACAUUUGUGAGGUCCCUCACUUGCUUGAAUUGAAGAAGUCUCAGAAUGUGUUGUUUGCUGGUAUUGACCGUCCUGAUGACAUUGUGAACCUGACCCACCAAGAACUCUUCAGCAAAGGCGGUUUUGUGGUGUUUGAGGGAGCAGCACUGGACACACUCAGUCUCAGCAACAUUAAGAAAAUGUCUGGUUUCCUGGAGGGGCUGAGUAAAAAGGGGAAGUGGAAAUGGCUCUUGCACUACAAAGACAGCCGGAAACUGAAAGAGAACGCACGGUCUAGUGCUGAGGCACAGGGUAAAAAGAGCUUCAUGGACAUCUGCCAGGAGGCUGGAAUGGUGGAGGUCUUACCCUACCAUGAAUGUGACGUCAUUUCAAGGACACGACCCAACUACCUUCACUGUCUAGUCCGGCUGCAGGUCCAGAAUGUAUCAGCUCGUCUACCUGUAUUUAUAACUGACACAACGGCAGACAAAGCGUUUGCAAAACAUGGGAUAUUCACAAUGAAUAUUAACUCCUUCUUGCUGAUUUCUCAGAGUGACACUUGCACUAUUUCUUAAACUGACAGAAGUCUUCA